UUAGUAGACUGAAGCUUAACUAAAGGUUCUUUUACGUCUAUGGUUAUGUUCGACUUUUCAUCUGUUUGAAUAUGUCAAGAAUACUGUCCAUCAAACAUUUUCCUCUCGCGAUUACCGACAAUUAAACGAACGAACUAAUAAAAUUGCUAUUAACCGGAAGUCUUGAAAUGGCGCGGUAAAAUUGAAAACAAAUUUCAUUUGUGAUUGGAGAUGGCUAAUCUCUUAAAAACAGUCGAAGCACUUUCAGCAUUUUCUUUGCAAAAUUUAGGAGAAGAAUGGGUGAAAUUGUGUUGGGACAGCGACUUUGAAGAAAUCCCGGCAUUAGAACCCUUAGCUGAGUCUGGUAUCGUGGAAAAUGAGCACCAUGUACAAAACUUACACCAUCUCUCAUCUGUCAUGGAUGAUUGGAUCGAUAAAAAAGAGGGACUGGAGGGUGAAGGAUUUUGGAUGGUUCUGGUGGAGAAUGACUUUUCCCACAAAGACUUGAUAGUUCUUUUGGCGUAUUUAGUGGAAGCUGGGAGUAAGAGGGGUUCAAAUGUUCAACAAAGAGGGGCUGCCGUCUUGUCGUCGUCCAGUUAUUUCAAGUUGCUGACCAUUCCAGGAAGUGCAGCAUUCAAAGUCUUCCAUCCUGUUUUGUUUGAAAAAUGUGUUGACAUUCUAAAGCAAUGGAACCUUAAUGUGCCAGGAAAAAGGAAAAAAAGUGUAUCCCCAGCUUGUAGUCAGAAGAGGAAGAAGAACAGAGGCAACAGAACACAGAGGUCAAGGGACUCCACCGGCAGUAUCGAGGAAUUUCCAGAGAGUAGUGAUGAGGAGGAUAUAUCUCCACAGGAAAUGUCUAAACUGACCAAAUUGUACCUGUCUGUCCUUCAGGAUCUGAUUGAUAUGCUGAUGGUGACAUCACUCAGGCACUCUGAAUCCUCAGCCUAUCACACAGUACAGGUGCUUUGCACUCUAACAAGACAGGGAGCAGAAAUCUUCGAUGAAAGCUUUCAGAAUUUUACCAAUAGCGAUAGAAGAUAUCUGAAAAGACUUCCAGCUGCAGGGCUUGCUUACAAGGGCUUACAGCUCCUCAGCCUGCCUCUUCACGGUCAUGUGAAUACCAUUAUUAAUGCGAUCUGUAAGAGUCUCCUUCCAAAUCUGCUGAUGGUGAUUGGGGACAACCGAGUGGCUGCCCAAACUAUACCCAAGCCAGUGUUGACGACCAGAGACCAGGCUCUGAACUUCAUCAAAUAUCUGAUGAAGAGCGAGGCCCGCUGUUUGGCCAGUGUAAGAACAUUGUUACAACACCUGUGUACAAAAGUCACUGAUCGCGCGGAGUACCGAACAAAAUGUGCUCAGACAGUGGUCAGUGUUCUCCAGGAAAUGCCCAGCGAGCCCUACGGUAAAAUGGUAGAGUGGUUUUUCCGCCUCUCUAAACAUGCAAAGAUGAGUAACAGAGCCUUUGCAUUAGAAAUUGUGUCCUUGUUAUUGAACUCUCCAGAGAGAGAAUUAGAUGGUAAUCUGCCACCAGAGGUCGCUUCCUAUGUGAGACACACCUCCCUGCUGGGAAUUUUACUGGACAGGUGUUCUGAUGCUGCUCCAACUGUUCGAGCCAGGGCUAUAGCAGCCUUCUCUCAGUGCUUUACCACAGCAGACACGGGAAUUAGGAACACGCUUAAGGAGAUUGUUACGCCCGUGGCGGGCCCCAGACCCGCUCACGCUCAACAUCUGAUUCCCACCCCGGAGGUGGAGAACAGGGUACUGCCAUUAACAGAAAUGUCUGAAAGUGAAAUUGUCACAGACAAAACAGCAGAAAAUGCUCAACCUCAGGAAAACAACGAGGAAACACCAAUCAACAUGGCCCCGAGAGUUCCCCCAAAGACCCCCUUCCAUCAGGUGGCCCUGACACCUUUUAAUCCAAACCUGCCUGACGAGCAGGGCGUGCUGUCUAUGUUGAGACGUCGAGCUCGUGACGAGAAAGUUAAUGUGAGGAAGGCUGCUCUUCAGGCCCUGGAGUGUGUGAUUAAGUUCGAAGCUCCGGAUUACAGAAGACAGGACUUGGAUGUUUUAGUGGAGAGAUGCAGAGACCCCGCGCUGUCCGUCCGGAAACAAGCCCUACAGAGCUUGACUGACCUGUUACUAGCCAUGCCCACAGAAAAACCGUUACAGAAGUGUUGGCUGGAUGGAGUUCUUCCCCUUGUCAUUGACCGUGAGUCAACUUUACAGGAGAAAUGUAUGGAGACACUAGAAGAGAUCGUCUUGAAUAAUGUCGCACCUGUCAACAGAUCAAAAGAUGAGGGUCAUCAACUUGUUUGGAACCUUUUAGAAAUCAUGACUCAGUUUGAAAGCUGUGAUUUGAGGCGAUACCUGCAAAAGGCCUGCCGACAUUGGGCUCGUGUGGGGAAAAUCAAAUCCAACCUCACCAAGUCUUUAGAGUCUCAUGUUGGUACUAGAAAUAAUCAGGCAGCUUGGAUGUUAUUGGCUGAGCUGGCUCCGGCUGUCCAGAAGAUAAGUCACAGUUUUUUAGUAGAGUACUGGGAAAAGCACGCUGGAAGUACAGACGAAACAGAAGUCUAUACACUGCAGAGGGUGCUAACAGUAAUGGGGUGUUGUGCCAGACAUGUUCCUGCUGACCGAAGAGACCAACUGAUUGACACCCUGAAGGACAGAUUAAAGAAGUUUGACUCCCCGCCUGAGCUGAUAUCCACCACUAUAAACACUCUUUCCAAGUUGUGUGAAGCGAAAGCAGAGGCUCUGGGAUUAAUUAGUGAACGGGAGAUCUGGUGCACCGAGCUGUUGACAUCAUGUGACAAGUACCUGUCCAAAGUCAUUCUUCAACAAGAUGGUGGUGCAGUAAAUGAAGAUCUUGCAAUACGCCACCUGUUUACUCUGGGAGAAAUUGCUCAGUUGUGUCCUGCCAGGACACCUAAGCGGGUCUUCUUGAUUGUCCAGAGUAUGGUGGCAGCUCCCUGUAUAACCACGACUCAGACUGUCUUAUCCUCUCAAGCACCAUCUGAUAACUGUAAUAGUGGCUCGUCACACGAUAACUCUAAUGGAGACCACAGUGGAGACUCUAAUCACAAUACUGAGGCCCAAACAUCUGGAUCCUCCCAGCAAACUCAGUUUACCCAGUUCACUCAGCUGACACAGUUCAGGGGGUCGAGAAUGUCCAACAGGAUCAGAGCUUUUGCCUUUAUUGCACUCGGCAAGCUGUGCUUACAGAAUGCAGACUUGGCUAAGAAGUGUGUGGCAGCACUGGCUAGAGAGCUGGAGAUUUCUGAUGACCCGACCAUUAGGAACAAUAUUGUCAUCAUUCUGUGUGACUUAUGUGUUAGAUACACAACAACAGUGGAGCUGUACAUGCCCAGCAUUGCAGCUUGCCUAAAGGAUAGUGCACCACUCGUUCGUAAGCAGACUCUCAUCCUGAUCACGCGACUGCUACAGGAGGACUUUUUGAAAUGGAAAGGGGCACUCUUCUUCCGGUUUAUUACCACUGUACUAGACGAAAAGAGGGAAAUUGCAGAAUUUUCUGAAUAUUGUCUCAUUCAUGUCCUGCUACAGAGGAAACCAGCCAUGUUCUCUAACCACUUCAUGGAGUGCAUCUUCCAUUUCAACGCCUAUGAGGGUCACUCUGCCUAUAAUAAAUUUACUCAAAAUGAGAGGGAAAAGAAAAUAUUUUCGUUGCGAGGGAGUGCUAAAGAAAGGGACAGACUGAAGUUGUAUACUUUUAUGCUGGAACACAUGACAGAUGAACAGAGAUUUCAGAUGACUGCCAAGAUCUGCACAGAGAUUUUGGGUGGAGUGGUCGAUAAUGUCAUACCACUGGACAAUACUAGUUCAUCUCUACUCAAAGAUGCCCUAGCUAUCCUUAGCUGUAAGGAAAUUAAGUUGUCCUCCCUGAAGACCAAGCCACAGGAAGAUGCUGGUGGAGAUGAACAGGAAAUGGCAGCCAUUGUCAUAGCAACCGCCAAAAAAACUCUGAUUUCACAGGUGGUGAAGAAAAAUGUGAUAGAAAACAUUGUUCCUAUAGUUGUGUCACUGAAACACAUGCUGGAGAAACACAGGUCACCAGUUCUGAAAGAUCUAAUGUACUAUUUGAGGGAACUUAUGCAGGACUAUAAGUCAGAAGUGAAAGACAUUCUGUCAGCUGACAGACAACUCGCUAAGGAGAUAGAAUUUGAUCUGAGGAAAUUUGAAGAAGAACAGGAGGAGAUUAGAAGAUGUCAGGAUCAACAGAAUACAGUACAAAAUCUCCAGGAAACACCAGGGUCUAGUCCACGGCCAGUGGUGGCAGGACCUGAGUCCAGGUCUCCCCAGAUAACACCGCUGUCACGGCCCCCAGAGGCAGCCAGGUCACCCUCCAGCAGCCCCCGGGUUCAACGUCCCACAAGGCCUAGUACCCCAGCACCUGUACAACAACUGAACAAGACAUCACCUAUACCAGCAAGUCCUGCACUCAGGGACAUCGCAAGCAGAGAUCAGUCACUGUCCACUUUGGCUAUUCUGAAUUCGGCCAGAAAAGCUUUCCUGAAAGCCAAAGACAGCAGCACCAGUGGACCGGGUUUGGGUAGCAGGCGGAAAUCCUGCCUGGUCACCACCGAAAAAUCAUCAGAGCAAGAAGAGACUCCACCCCUAACAGUGCGGUUUUCAGAAGAUUUACCAUCAGAAACCACAGACAGUGCAUCCACCCCACCCCGUGCCACGAGGGCCACAAACAGGGCCAUCAGCACCCCCACUGGAGCAAACUUUGAGAGUGUGCUGGACAACAUAACAUUUCACAUUGACCAAAAUGUGACUCUAAUUCCCCCCUCCCCGAUCCCUUCCUCCAUACCCAUCAGAGUCUAUCCAGCUGACAGCACUUCAGCCCCUCCCACAUGUGUUAAAGGGAAAGACAACCGAAACAAGGACUUCAUCUACAUGUUUUCCCCCGACAAGCCGUUGCCAAAACCCAGAAAAUGGAAUGUGACGUCACCUGCUCCAGUGUCAAAGAAAAAUAUCUUACAACAUCAGGAGGAGGAUGUCGCCUCUUCGUCAAACUCCAAACCCUCAACAGAACCAGCCAAGUCAAACUCCAAACCCUCAACAGAACCAGCCAAGUCAAACUCCAAACCCUCAACAGAACCAGCCAAAUUAAACUCCAAACCCCUAACAAAACCAGCCACAGUGGGCAAGAUAUCAAAUAAGACGGCAAGUAAAGAGAACAGUAACUCAGCUGGCGUGGUGAGAAGGCGGUCCACACGCAGGGCUAAACACAAGUAAAGAAAAUAAGCAGAGUAGUUGGUGUGGUGAAAGAAAGUCAGCACGAUGGGCUAAACUCAAAUGAGGACAGACUCCGGGAGUGACUUAAUACAGAAGGCCUGUAGUAUAUUCAUCAGAUUUGGAACCGUUUACAUGUACUUUGUAUGUAAUUUAUCAAAAUAUAUUAGUUAUUUGCUAUUUUAGUUGGUUGUAUAUUGUUUAACGUCUCGCUCAAGAAUGUUUCACCCAUAUGGAGACGUCCCCAUUGCCGGUGAAGGGCUGCAAAAUUUAGGCCUAUUGUUGGCACUUAUGGCCUUUGAGCAGGGAGGGAUCUUCAUCGUGCCACACCUGCUGUGACAUGGGGCCUCAGUUUUUGCGGUCUCAUCCGAAGGACCGCCCCAUUUAGUUGCCUUAUAUGACAAGCAAGGGGUACUGAGGACCUACUCUAACACAGAUUCCCACUGAAAAGUAUUCAAUUGAUUAAUGAUUUUUCAGGGAAUAACUAUCUUAUCUGUUAUUAUCUAGUAAAACUGGAAGGAAUACGAAAAUAGUGUUAGUAGUAUAAACCUGACAAAUGUCCAAGCUAGCCCAGGUGCAUUGUUUUCUACCAGUUACAACAAACAUGACAUAGUUUUAUUAUUGAGAUUAUAAACAGUGUACACAAAUGAUAUAGUUGGAUUCCAAAUAAGAGGGGAAAAAAUUGAUAAUUUACCUCGAAAUGGCUUGGGGGGGGGGGGGGGGGAACCAAUAAAUGAAAGUUGAAUUUAUACUACAUGUAUUUCAACCUCUAGAAUUUAUAUAACAAAAGAGUAUUGCUACAUCUAAAGGCAUCCAAACAGAGUAUAAAUACAUGGGUAUGUGUGCUUGAUUCCGGAGAUUUAUACUCUAUUUCGAUGUCUUUAAAAGUACUGACACCGUUACGUUUUCUUAACUCUAUCGUCUGUUUAUCUAUCUAUUAAUAGAUAUGUAUAUAUACUGAUUUAAUAGUCGGAAACAUCAAGUCAUUCACCAAUCAAAGUACAGAAUGCAUGCAAUUUGCAUUAAAAUACAAUUGAUCUAAAUUAAUGAUUAUAUUGUGAUUGCUUUUACAAAUGAAUUCAAUUGAUGCUAAUUAAUUACGUGUAUGAUAUAUACAAUGUAUGCACAUACUGUACAUUUUCAUACUAUAUACAUGUAUCAUGUCCAUAGAAUACAAAGUUGUGGUGUUUUGAUUUGACUGGUGCAAAUAAAACAACUUGAUAU